CAAUUACUUGCAGCCCUCUAUAAUUUGCUCUCCAGAUUAGCAAGUGUCCUGAAGCCCAGCUGCAGCCAGCUUCCCCAGCGGAGCGGAGUGGAGCGGUUAUAUAGCCACCCGUGGCUGAGGGAUUCCCGCUUCACUUGUUGCUGCUGCUGCCUGGAGCUCGGGCCAGAUGAAGAUGGUCCUGCGGGCGUCGGCGCUGAUGUUGCUGACAGUGGCUCUGUGCAUGGAGUUGGGUGCGGCCCUGCGGUGCUACACCUGCCCCCAGGAGACUGACCUCUUCCAGUGCACGCAAGUCAUCAGCUGCUCCCCCACGGACACCAUUUGCAAGACCACCACCUAUUCCGUGGACUCGGGUUACCCCUUCUUUGGCAACAUCACCGUCACCAAGGGCUGCGCCAACAAAUGUGUCGCCUCCGACGUGGAUGGCAUCGGGAUCACCCGGCCCGUGUCCUGCUGCAACACGGACCUGUGCAACACGGACGGGGCGGCCGGCCUGACGGCCGGCACCCUGACCCUGGGGGCGGCCGCCGCUCUCGCCCAUCUCCUGCUCCGGCUCUGGCCGUAACCGGUCCUGUCCCUCAGGCAAGCUGCGGAAUUUACUGAGCACUUACUGGGUGCAGAGCCCUGUACUAAGCGCUUGGGCGAGUACAAUAUAACGGU